AUGAGACUUUUUACCACUACGGCCGUGUUAGCCGGCGCUCUUUUCACUCAAAGUUUCGCCGAAGGUGAUGAAGUGAAAGAGGCCGGGGCCCACUAUGUGAAACUAGGGUUUGAUAAACUCAGGGGCGAUAGUUAUGAGGAUGCGACGCCGUAUGCUCGUCCCCUGGCUCGUCUGAUGAAAAGAGGCGACGGAUAUGAAGAAAUUGUGAUCGAAAACCAACAAUCGUUUUAUUCUGCAGAUAUAGAGUUGGGGACUCCGGGACAGAAUGUGACAGUGUUGGUGGAUACGGGUUCGUCAGAUUUGUGGGUUAUGGGCAACAACAAUCCAUACUGUCAGUCGUCCGGGGGCAGCAAGCGUGCUGUCGUAGGCAAAGCUCAAUCCGCCGGUGGAACUAUAGUCGAAAGCUCGGUGGCGUAUCCGACCAGCGUCGACAGCUCUCAGGCCACCAUGACGUGUUCAGUUUACGGUACUUAUGCGACGAGCUCUUCGUCGUCGUUCAAGUCGAACAACACCGUCUUCGAGAUCAGCUACGGGGACGGGUCGUUCGCGCUCGGUACUUGGGGCACGGAAACGAUCACCGUUGGCAACAUCAAAGUCGAAAACAUGUCGCUGGCGGUAGCAAACGAAACUAACUCUACUGUGGGUGUCCUUGGCAUUGGAUUGGCAGGUUUGGAAUCUACUAGCACUGGUAGCUCUAGCACGUCCAAGCAGUAUGACAAUUUUCCGUUGGCUCUGAAAAACAGCGGUGCUAUUAAGCAAAAUGCGUACUCUUUAUUCUUGGACUCUCUAGACGCCAAGAGCGGCUCUGUUCUCUUCGGUGCAGUGGACCACAGUAAAUACAACGGCACGCUUUACACUGUUCCGCUGGUUAACACUUACGGAUACCUGGGAGCCACCAAGCCAAUUCAAUUCGAGGUCACGCUUCAGGGAUUGGGAAUCUCUGCAAAUGGCACAGAAUCGACUUUCACGACCACCAAGAUACCUGCUCUGCUCGACUCGGGCACAACAUUGGCCUAUUUCCCGGUCUCUUUAACGAAUGCAAUUGCGAAAAAGCUAGGAGCCGUCUACUCGAGUAGAUUGGGCUACUACGUGGCAUCCUGUAGCGCUUUGGAUAAUGACUCUGCUCUUGUCUUCGAUUUCGGUGGCUUCCAAAUCAGCUCGCCUCUUGAAAACUACGUCAUUGGCUCCCAAAGCGACAUAUGCGUCUUAGGAAUUCUGCCGCAAUCCGGAAACGGAAUCAUCUUGGGUGACGAAUUUUUGACAUCUGCGUACGUGGUUUACGAUCUUGACAACUUAGAGGUAUCCAUGGCGCAGGCUAACUAUAACGGCGGAAGUGAGAAAAUUGAAGUGAUAUCUGGUUCCGUUCCAAGUGCUCAACGUGCUCCAGGCUACUCCAGUUCUUGGUCAACAUACAGCUCCAUCUCGACGGGCGGAAACAUCUUCACCAUCACUUCGAACAGCAGCUCCCCUCAAACUUCCGGAAGUGGUUCCACCAAUUCCAGGUCCACCAGUGGUUCCAGUGGCUCCUCACCAUCAUCCACCACCACUUCAACGCCUAAAAAGAAUGCGGCCGCGGCCUUUGCUCCUUCAGGCAUCACUGUGAAGGUUGUACUAUUAUCUACAAUCAUGUCGUUCGCCGUUUCAUUUGCACUUUGA